AUGUUAAAAGUCAUGCCCUGCCACUUUGAUUUUGAUGACAAAGACGUUAGCACUGUGUCGGUUUGGAUUAACUUACCGGGAUUGCCAUUGAAAUUUUGGAACACGAGUGCCUUGGGUAAGAUAGUUUCCAAAGUCGGUAAACACAUCUCGACCGAUAAGGUCGCGGCAUCAAGGGGUUGGCUAUCCUAUGCAAGAGCCCUAGUUGAACUUGACGCAUCUAUUGAGCUUGUUCAGAUGGUAAAGAUAAGACUUCCUAAUGGCAUUUUGAGGGAGAAAGAGAUUCUUUUCGAGCAUGAACCAAAAUUUUGUGGUUCUUGUAAAGUUUUCGGGCAUUCCAAUCUCGGUUGUAACUACAACAAAAAGGCCGUGGAUGACAAAGGAAAGUCUAUAAAUAGAGAGACAUCAAAUACCUCCAUACCGGCUGCACAAGAGGAAAACGUGCAGGCUGGAAAGAAUUGGACAGCAUCAAAUUCUACUAAGAUAGCUUCACAGUUUAGUAUGAAGGCUGUCAAAUGGAAAAUUUGGGGAGCAGAUUCUACAUCAAAUGUUAGAGGGGCAGAUUCUAAAAAAUCUAGCAAUGAAAAGCUCAAAGGAAAGGUCGAUGAGCAAAGGAAAGUGGGAACCAAAAUUGACAAGAAGAAGGGAAUUUCCCUCGCUUCAAAAUCAUGA